GUAUUCUCUCUUCCCUCGCCGCCCCGCUUGCUUCUCGCCUCCUCGGGGCCGCAGGGGAGGAGGCGAGCACGCUGCGCCCUGGGCCCGCGCGGCUCGCAGGGAGGCGCAUCUCCCACUUCUCCCGGGGAAUUUGGAGAGGGUCUGUGUGUGUGCGCGCGCGCGCGUGAGCUGGAGGCGAAAGCUGGUAGGAUCUAGCGGCGAGCAGAGGGUAAGGGUCUUUGACGUUCCUCACCCGCUGCACAAACCUCGCGGAGCAAGGAAGAGUGUCCGAGAGUGCGCGCAUGUACACGGGCUGGCUGCCCUUGGCAAGCUCGGUGGCCCGGGGCCCCGGGGCCCGCGGUCCCCUCUGGCGGCCCGGGAUUACCGUGACGUCACAUUGAGCCUCUGGCCACCUUGGACUGGGACACCUCUGGAACCUCACAGCCCCGCGCCGUGCCGCACCUCACCUCGCCACCACGCGCCUUUGGCACCCUGCGCCUUCUUCCUAACUCUGCCGAUCCAUGGGCCCCUCUUCCUUCAGGACCCCACGGGCCGCAGGGGUGCCUUUCCACGAGCAGGGCUCGGCAGCUCGGCUGCCUUUGGCUCUGCCUCUGGUCCCUCUUAGCGGGCUAAGGAACUGGUGCCGAGCACCUGCAGCCCUGUAAGGAAACCAGAAGCUGCUCGCCUGGGGCCAUCAAGUAGCUGAGCUGAGUCAGGGACUCUAAAGGAAAGAGGGAGACCGGCCCCGGACGCAGCUAUGGCCUUCCCGCACUUUGGACAUCCGUAUGGCGGUGCAUCCCAGUUUCUAGUGUCUGCAAGUUCCAGUGCCACUUGCUGUGAAACUGCCCCACGAUCGGUGUCAGAUGUGGCCUCAGCCCCCACCUCUGCCUCUACUCUUUGCUGCACGCCCUAUGACAGUCGGCUGCUGGGCAGUGCUCGACCAGAGCUGAGUGCUGCCUUGGGCAUCUAUGGAGCACCCUAUGCAGCUGCCCAGAGCUACCCUGGGUACCUGCCCUAUGGCCCAGAGCCAUCCCCACUAUGUGGUGCACUUAAUCCUCAGUAUGAGUUUAAAGAUCCUGCAGGAAACUUUACCCCCAGCCUGACCCAGCCAGGAGCCUAUUACCCCUAUGAGCCAACUCUGGGGCAGUAUCAAUAUGACAGGUAUGGUGGAGUGGAGUUGAGCGGCGCUGGCCGCAGGAAGAAUGCCACGAGAGAGAGCACCAGUGCACUCAAGGCCUGGCUCCAGGAGCACCGCAAGAACCCGUACCCCACCAAGGGCGAGAAGAUCAUGCUGGCCAUCAUCACCAAGAUGACCCUCACCCAGGUGUCCACCUGGUUCGCCAACGCGCGCCGGCGCCUCAAGAAAGAGAACAAGAUGACGUGGGCGCCCAAAAACAAAGGUGGGGAGGAGAGGAAGGCAGACAGUGCAGGAGAAGACUCUCUGGGCUGCCUGACCGCUGACACCAAAGACGCUACUGCCAGCCAGGAGGCCCAGGGGCUGCGACUGAGUGACCUGGAAGACCUGGAGGAAGAGGAGGAAGAGGAGGAAGCAGACGAAGAUGAAGCAGUGGUCUCAGCAUCCCGCAGGCUGGCGGAUUUUCAGAAAAGCGCGCAGUCCCUGCCUGCUCCCUGCACUGCCGCUCAAGAGGGCCGCUUGGAGAGCAGAGAAUGCAGCCUGGCGAUACCCCGCUUCUCCUUCACCGAGGCCCCGCGAUCAGGAGAAGCUGACUUCAUUACCGCAGAGCCAAGUGACUCCACAAUGAUCGUGCACUACCCAAGCGGCCAGAAACCCCGAAUCUGGUCCUUAGCUCACACUGCCGCAGUCAACACUGUCGAAGAUGCUCCCUCAACCCCGCCCAGGGCACAAAGUCCAGAGUGCCACAUGAUUCCCAGACAGCCCAUCUCCAUCAGGCGACUCCUGGUCUCCAGAGAUUCUGCAAUUGAUGAGGAUUCUCUUGCAGGCAAAGCCUUCGGAAACUCCACAUUCGCUCUGCAGGGGCUGCCACUGAACUGUACACCAUGCCCGAGGCGGAGGGAGCCUGAAGUGAGGUUCCAGUACCCGUCUGGAGCUGAAGCAGGUUAGCACAAUGGCUGCAGUUUGCAGAAUAAUUUUGGAAAUGACAGCUUCUGGACUCACCUUCAUAUGAAGAAGCUUCCAGGCCUUGGCAGGGACCAGGAGUUCUCACUUUGCCCAAGACAAACACACAGAACCACCCUAGCAGCUACCCUUGCACGCAGGGCUGGCUGGGGCUGGCCAGGCACCUAAUCGGACUUGGAGGGGAGACAGUAGGCACCUUGGGGAAAGCCCAGUGGAUGCCAAGUAUACUUUCACCUAGUCUCUCUUCCUCCUCCUCCAGAUGGAGGCCUGAACAGCAUCUCCUCCUGCUCACCCAUCCCUGCCCAGCCUGCUCACUUUGUAACUUCCUUGUUGAAAUGGUCUCUAAAGCGGAUCUGUGUCUCCUUCCCUUUCCCAGGCUAUAACUUCAAAAAUAACCUAGCUGAACCCAA